AUGGAGAACCACAACAAUAACACCGGUUCGCUCCUAUCUCACCAACCCGAUUCAUUCGGCCGGUUCGGCCGGUUUGGAGGCAAGUAUGUCCCCGAAACUCUCAUGCAUGCUCUCACCGAGCUAGAGGCUGCAUUCCAUUCCCUGGCUACCGAUCAAGACUUUCAGAAAGAGCUAGAUGGGGUUCUGAAGGACUACGUGGGUAGGGAGAGCCCACUUUACUUUGCUGAGAGGCUGACAGAGCACUACAAGCGGGAUAACGGAGAAGGGCCUCACGUGUAUCUAAAGAGGGAGGAUCUCAACCACACUGGUGCUCACAAGAUCAACAAUGCGGUUGCUCAGGCCUUGCUUGCCAAGAAGUUGGGGAAGAAGAGGGUUAUUGCUGAGACUGGUGCUGGUCAGCAUGGAGUUGCCACUGCAACUGUGUGUGCUCGGUUUGGCUUGGAAUGUGUUGUUUAUAUGGGAGCGCUAGAUAUGGAAAGACAGGCCCUUAAUGUGUUCAGAAUGCGCCUUCUUGGUGCCAAGGUGAGAGCCGUACAUUCAGGAACUUCCACGCUGAAAGACGCUACAUCGGAAGCUAUAAGGGAUUGGGUGACGAACGUGGAGACAACACAUUAUAUUUUGGGUUCCGUUUGCGGGCCACAUCCAUAUCCUAUGAUGGUAAGAGAGUUUCAAGCAGUGAUAGGGAAAGAAACAAGAAAACAAGCAUCGGAAAAAUGGGGAGGGAAGCCAGAUAUUCUGGUAGCAUGUGUUGGCGGUGGUUCAAAUGCCAUUGGUCUUUUCCAUGAAUUUAUCGAUGACAAAGAUGUUAGGUUGAUUGGAGUGGAAGCUUCUGGAUUAGGCCUCGAAAGUGGCAAGCAUGCCGCAACGUUAACAAAAGGAGAAGUUGGAGUUUUGCAUGGAGCAAUGAGCUAUCUUUUGCAGGAUGAAGAUGGACAAAUAAUUGAACCCCACUCUAUUAGUGCAGGGUUGAACUAUCCUGGGGUUGGACCAGAGCAUAGUUUCUUGAAAGAUGUAGGGCGGGCUGAAUACUACAGUGUUACUGACGACGAAGCACUCGAAGCUUUUAAGAGAUUAUCUCAAUUGGAAGGCAUAAUUCCAGCUUUGGAAACAUCUCAUGCUCUGGCUUAUUUAGAGAAACUAUGCCCUACUCUUCCAAAUGGAACUAAGGUUGUGGUUAACUGCAGUGGUAGAGGGGAUAAGGAUGUUCAAACUGCUAUCAAGUACUUGAAAAUUUGA